AUGACCAAAGAAACAUCUGCACCGUCGCCGUCGGUCUCGGAGCGCAAUGCCUAUGUUUCCACCACGGGCCCUCGGCCAGCCAAGCAGACCACGUUCCGAGAAUGGGUGGUCACCAACCAAAUCGGAAUCCCCUUGACCAUCUUGGCUAUGUUGCUGGCUCUUCAUAAUCUCUAUCCGUCACUCCGUCCAUACACCCAGCCCUUUUUCCAAUUGUCCUAUUACGACCCCGCUACCGACCAGUAUGUGCAAGGCUGGGACGAUAUCUACUUUGUCAUCAGUGCUGCCAUUGCGCUCACCGCAAUCCGUGCAAUUGCUAUCGAGUGGGUGUUGCAGCCAUUGGCUCGCUGUGCUGGGUUGAAGCGGAAGGGAUCAAUUCGCCUCGCCGAGCAGGGCUGGCAGGCUAUGUACUAUGGGUUCAUUUGGGCUGUGGGAUUGUACCUGUGGAAGAACUCCCAUUAUUGGUUCGACUUCGGCGCCAUUUGGGUCAAGUGGCCCGCUCGCCCGCUGUCGGGUGCAUUGAAAUGGUAUCUCUUGGUGGAACUGGCGUUUCUGGUGCAGCAGAUCUUUGUCAUCCACGUCGAGGAGCGGCGCAAAGACCACUACCAGAUGUUCUCUCACCACGUUAUCACUAGCACUCUGCUGACCUCGGCGUAUAUCUACGGCUUUUAUAAUGUGUCCAAUGUGGUGCUGUGCCUGAUGGACAUUGUCGAUUUUCUGCUUCCGUCGGCCAAGAUUCUCAAGUACCUCAAGUUUGAACUGGCUUGCAAUGUCGCCUUUGGUGUGUUCAUGGCGACCUGGUUCGUCACUCGCCACAUCCUCUACAAUGUUCUCUGCUGGUCCAUCUACAAGAAUGUGCCCGCUCAAAUGGCCUAUGGCUGUUAUUCGGGCUCCAGCGCCACGAUGAUCUCGACCGACGGCUAUCCGAAUGCCUUCGCGUACAUGUUCGGUCCCUUUCAAAGCCUGGAGAACCCCAUUUGCAUGAACCGCUCCAUCAAAUGGAUCUUCCUUUCAUUCCUCCUGUGCCUGCAGGGGCUGUCCAUUGUCUGGUUCAGCAUGAUCGUCCGUGUUGCUUAUGGCGUGGUCCGCACCGGAAAUGCCGAGGAUACUCGCAGCGAUGAGGAAGAUGAAGUGACCGUCGACACUCAAACAGCGGCCAACGGCUCUAUUCACCUGACUGCCAACGGCGCGAACACCGCCCCCGUCGCUGAUAGCACCUCUGGACUGGACCGCCGCGCUACCUCGGUGCGUGCUCGGGGUCGUGGUCGUGUUCCGUUCGACCAGAGUGAUAGGAAAGCUCUUCUGGGCCGCAUUGGGUGCGAAAAGCCCACAUAG